AUGACAUCAAAACCUUCACCUUAUCAAGCAAAAAUUACUAAUAUUCUGAAUUCAAAUGAUGGGAAAUGGAUUCAAACUCGUAAAAUUGAAUAUCAAGAUCCAGCUGGAACUCCAAGAAUUUGGGAAAUGGCAGUUAGAUCAACCAGAACCACUACAACUAAUAUAGAUGCUGUUUCAAUUGUAACUAUAUUAAAUUCAACAAAUCAUGAUAAAGAAAUCAUUAUUGUUAAACAAUUCAGACCUCCAACUGAAAAAGUAGUAUUGGAAUUACCAGCCGGAUUAAUUGAUCCCAAUGAAACCAUUGAAUCAACUGCCGUACGGGAAUUAAUUGAAGAAACAGGUUAUCAUGGAACAUUUGUUAAACAAUCAAUCGUAGUAUAUAGUGAUCCUGGCUUAACUAAUGCUAAUAUGGUCUUAGCUUACGUUGAUGUUGAUUUAAAUGAUCCUAAAAAUAUUAAUCCUAUUGCUCAAUUAGAAGAUGGUGAAUUUAUUGAAGUUAUAAAAUUACCCUUACAUAAUUUAUUACAAAGUUUAGAACAAUUAAUUGAAAAGGAAGGUUGUACCAUUGAUGCUAGGUUGUAUCAUUUUGCUGUCGGUUUAGAUUUAGCUAAAUCUGUCUUAUCAUAA